AUAUAAUUUUUUAUCAGCUAUAUAAAUAUGUAAAUGUGUGAUUACAACCAUUUAUUGUUGAAUAUUAAUACAUUAAGUUAGAACAGCUGCGUGAAACUAUGAUUAACGAAAAGUAUAUAAUGCGUCAAUUGCCCAAUUUAAUUUACAAGUAAAAAUUUCAACUCUUAGAAAUAUUGUAUCGUAUAUUUUUUUCUUCAAUAUGGAAAAGUUGUUAUUAAUGUUUUUAUUUUAUUUUAUAACAAUAAAUGUUGGAGAAUGUCAAACAGAAAAUAAUUAUUUAAAUCGUCUAGCAUUCUUAGACGGCGAUAGAUUUACGUGCAUAGGUGUUUUACUCAGUCCACGACAUGCACUUUUCAAUGGAAAUUGUGUACAAAGAAGAAACUUUACUGAUCAUGGAAAACUUGGAGUAUUUGCCAGAGAUGUGUAUUCAGAUACCAUUGAAAAAACUGCAACAAAUUACAGAAAUGUUGUUGCCGCUGCAUAUGAAUCUGAUUGUAAAAUUAAAUUAGGCAGCUCCAGAAUACAAAAUUGUUUCGUCGUAUUAACCCUUGAAAGUGAUUUUGAAGUUGGAAACGAUAUUCAAGUGACUAAACUUCCAACUAGUCCGAUUACCGAGAAUACACUAGGAUUCAUUUUUGGAUGGCAUAAUAAAUGUACUACAAGAUCGGAUCAAAGAAUUGUAGUAGCUAAUAUAUCAGUUGUAGCGAGAAAUAUGUGUGCUGAUCUUCAAGCAGAUGAAUUUUGUGCAAUGGAUACAAUGACUGAGAGAAUUCAUUCUUCAUCUCCAGUUAUUAGUGGUGAUACGAUCAUUGGAUUCACUACUGUUGGAUGUCAUUAUUCAACUAACACCAAUCCAGUUACAGAUUUAUAUUUACAUGCAGGUUUCUUGAAAUCUCAUGUGUCAGUAUAAUAUUUUAAAAUUUUUUUGUACAAAAUACAAUGUAGACUUCAAUAUUUGAUAUUUUUUUAUAAUAUGAUAAUUAUGAUUUCAUGAUUAUUACUAUAAAGUCAAUGAUUAUGUAAUUUGUCAAAUAAAAA